GCUCGGGUGGGGGUCCCAGGAUGCAGGGGGGCUGUCCCCACCGAGGUUCUGCCCUCCCAGGAGGCUGAGCGUCCCCAGACAGUUGAGGCCCAGCCCCUCACCCUGGCCUUGCGGCCUAGAGCACGACUGUGGCUUCAGAAACCCUUCCGGACCUCUGACCUCUGCCCCGAGCUGCCCUGACCUCUACCCCGGCCCCUCAGGCCACCCUUCUGGGUAGCCUUCGCCCCCAGAACCUGGGGCUGGCAGGGCAGAGGCCAGAGGCGGGAGCUCCGCUGAGAAGUUUGGGCCCUCCUGCGCUCCGUAGCUGGGCACCUUCCUGGCUGGGUUGGGGGAGGCCUGCGCUGGGGAUGUGUUCUCUGGGGCUGAGUGGGGCAGAGGCGGACCUGGGCCCAGGCAGGGGCUGGCCUAGGUGUUCCGGGGGGGCUGGAGGGGCAGCGGGGGCGCUGGGUGUGCCAGUGAAUGCCCCAGGCGCCCUCUGUUUCCUGGGCAGCUCUGCGGCUAUGGAUGUGUUCCAGAAGGUAGAGAAGAUCGGAGAGGGCACCUAUGGGGUGGUGUAUAAGGCCAAGAACAAGGAGACGGGGCAGCUCGUGGCCCUCAAGAAGAUCAGGCUGGAUUUGGAAACUGAGGGAGUCCCAAGCACUGCCAUCAGGGAGAUCUCCCUGCUCAAAGAGCUGAAGCACCCCAACAUCGUCAGGCUGCUGGAUGUGGUGCACAGCGAGAAGAAGCUCUACCUGGUGUUUGAGUUCCUCAGCCAGGACCUAAAGAAGUACAUGGACUCCACGCCGGCCUCCGAGCUCCCCCUGCACUUGGUCAAGAGUUACCUCUUCCAGCUGCUGCAGGGGGUGAGUUUCUGCCACUCUCAUCGGGUCAUCCACCGAGACCUGAAGCCCCAGAAUCUGCUCAUCAAUGAGUUGGGUGCCAUCAAGCUGGCCGACUUCGGACUGGCUCGAGCCUUCGGGGUGCCCCUCCGCACCUACACCCACGAGGUGGUGACGCUCUGGUAUCGCGCCCCUGAGAUCCUCCUGGGCAGCAAGUUCUAUUCCACGGCUGUGGAUGUCUGGAGCAUUGGCUGCAUCUUUGCCGAGAUGGUGACCCGUAGAGCCCUGUUUCCUGGUGACUCUGAGAUUGACCAGCUCUUUCGGAUCUUUCGGACCCUGGGGACGCCCAGUGAAGCCAUGUGGCCAGGAGUCACCCAGCUGCCCGACUAUAAGGGCAGUUUCCCCAAGUGGACCAGGAAGGGGUUGGAGGAGAUUGUGCCCGGCCUGGAACCAGAGGGCAAGGACCUGCUCCUGCAACUCCUGCAGUACGACCCCAGCCGGCGGAUCUCCGCCAAGGCCGCCCUCGCACAUCCGUACUUCUUGUCCGCUGAGACCUCCCCGGCCCCCCCGCAGUAUGUGGUGGAGCGUUUCUGCCGCUGAGAGGGUGUGAGGUCCUCCGCCUCGGAGCCUCUCUCCGCUGCUGCCCCAGCUGCCUCCCCCACCCAUGUCCCAAGAAAGAGGACCUAUCUGGGAGAGAGCAAAGUUCUGAGGAAUUUGGCAUCGGCUGCCAGAGAGCGGAGUUUGGGUUAGUCCUGCCCGCAGGUUAACGAGUUCCAGUGUUGUUUGUUGGGUUGGGUUUGACAGUAUCGGUUCAAGACGGGGGCACCGGAGCUCCGUGCGCAGGGGGUAUGUUAGAGGUUGGGCCCCCUGCCGCAGGAACAGCUGCUGAGAUGAGGAGGAAGCCUGCCCCCGUGUGGCGGCGAGGCAGAGCCAGACAACGCCCUCCCCCCCCCCCCCCAAAAGGGAAGGGGUGCCCCCUGCCGGUCUUUUUGGCUUUAAAAUGUUUGGGGGAAGAGUUGCAUACCAGUUAAGAGUCCCAGUUUAACGGGAAGAGAGAGGACAUUUUCCUGAUCCCAGGGAACGUCUGGGAUGUGUGUGGCUGUUCUAAGUACUUGUCUUAUACUUAGGAUAUGCUUAUGUUGUUUGCCUCUGGCUUUAAGAACAGUAAAUAAAAGUGCUAUAUUUCCUGA